AUGGCGACGACAGAACUCGUCUAUCCUCUUGCUUUUCCAAAAUCUGUCGUACAUAAAUGUGAAAUAUGUGGAAAAAUAGCAUCACGUAUGUGUUCAAAAUGUCGUGUAACAUAUUAUUGUUCAGAAGAACAUCAAACAGCUGAUAAUAUUGGUAUCCAUGAUAAAAUUUGUUCAACAUUAGCAUCACUUCGAUUAAAACAACCAUUUCUUCCAUCUGAAGAAGAACGUCGUGAACGUGAUCGUGAAAUACGUGAUAGAAAAAUUCAUUUAAUUGAAGUUACUCGAAUGAUUGGAGAACGACAUGUCUUUCAAGAUCGUUUUGAAGCUGCCGUACCAGCAGCACUUGCUUCACUUAAAUUAGCUAUUGAAGUUUAUGGUCCACGAAGUGUCGAACUCAUUCCAUCAUAUUUAAUUUUAGCUGAAGCUAGUUUAGGUUUAAAACAAUUAAAUCAAUGUUGGGAAUAUUUAUCUCAAGCACAAUAUACAAUAUUACAGCAACAACAACAACAACAUGAACAAACAUCUUUAGCAAUAACAUCACAAUUAGCACGAAAUAUGGCUCAAUUAAGUAUUGCUAGAAAAGAAUAUGAUGAAGCAGCAAGACAUUUAGCAAAUGAUAUUUAUGAUGCUUCACUAUUCUAUGGUACAGAACAUCAUAAAGUAGCUGGAGGUUAUUUUCUUUUAGGUAAAGUAUUUAAAUUAAUGAAUCGGCAUGAAGUAACAGAAUCUUUGUAUACACAAGUAACACAAAUGUGGUAUAAUUUUUUACGUCGUCUUCUUCAAUCACGUGUCGUUUUUUCUGACAUGGAUGCGAUUUUAGGAAAAAAAGAUGAUGAUAAUGGAGAUGAACUAACAAAUUCAUCAAAACUUGAUUUAUCAACUGAAGCUGAAGCAUUUAAUACACUUCAAAUAUUAUUAACUUAUCGUCUUGAAACUCAACAAACAAAUCCAAUGAUACAAGAAUUAAAUAAAAUUUAUCAUUGUUUAACAAUUUUAUAUUUUCUAGCACGAGAUUAUAUUCAAGUACAUGAUUCAAUGAAUAAAAUAAAAGAUUGUGCCAUACAAGAUAUAGAAGAUGAUCAACAACGAAUACUCAAAUUUCUUGAACAACUUGGUCAAAUGAAAGCAUUAAUGAAACGUCAACAACAACAAAAUUAA